UUGACUUUUUCCUGGAUCGGUACACCUUCGCAUAUGGCGUCAGCCGGAUACUGGUUCGAAUCUCCUUGGGUGCACACUUUUUCUCCUGACUUGGAUAUUUUCCCGAGGACACAAUGUGUGUCAGUCCUGAGAACACCUCUUGGAGUCGAUCCUACAAAGAACCUUGUGACACUUCCAUCGAAUUACCCAUCCUGGCCACAAGAGGUUCCCGGUUGAGGGUACAUUCUGUGGGUGGAGAGUGCUAAGGAGGACCCGAUUCGCAGGGUAUCCGUCGAUUGACUUUUACCUGAAUCGGUACACCUUCGCAUAAACCUGUUUUGAAGAAUUGGCGACUCCUCCUCCGCAGCGGCGCUCCAAAUGACUGGUAUCCCCGCCGCCUUCACCUGGAAUAGAUCCAAACACUGCGAGUAGAAGAGUGCUCGGACAGGUCGUCGAUGAUAGUCUAGGCAAGCACAGUUGUGUUUCGCAAGCUCUCUCAAGUGACAGAAACUAUACCAGAAGUUGCUCUAUUUCCCGACCCUUCUUAUUUAUUCCCAUAACUCGAUCCACAUUCCCACUCCCACUAAAAAUAUGAUCCUCUUGUGGUACUUUGUUCACGCCGUGAAGGUGUUGGACCUGACCGAGGUCGACCCUGAUCUUCGGGGAUUUACGGGCGGCUUCGCCGCGGGGCACUGGGGUUUCUUGGUGCCGUUCAAGAACAAGGAGGCAGACGGGGAGUUCUCGGGCAAGAUGGUCCGCUUCGACCUGCGCACCUUCGACCACGCCGGCGUAACGGUCCUGGACUUGACGCGAGUGGAGUUGUCCCUCAGGGGUUUCGUCGGAGGCUUCACGCACGGAAGGUACGCGAUCCUCUCGCCGUAUGCCAACGGAAACACCACGGGAAACUACCGCGGCAGAUCGCAGUUUAGCCAGAUGGUGGCGGUGGAUCUGACCGACUUUACCGUCGAAGGCGUCAGCGUCGUAGACCUUGCCGCCACCUCUAGACAGCAGGCGAGUAAGCUUAAGAGAAGAGCCAAUAGCGGUGCCGUUUGGAUGGUACUCGGUGUUAACCACUGCCGCGCACAAGAAUAG